AUGGGGUCGAAAAAUUUGAUGAUGGGCACCUUAGGUGGUCUGGGCACCUUAGGUGGUCUGAGCACCUUAGGUGGUCUGGGCACCUUAGGUGGUCUGGGCACCUUAGGUGGUCUGGGCACCUUAGGUGGUGGUCUGGGCACCUUAGGUGGUGGUCUGGGCACCUUAGGUGGUGGUCUGGGCACCUUAGGUGGUGGUCUGGGCACCUUAGGUGGUGGUCUGGGCACCUUAGGUGGUGGUCUGGGCACCUUAGGUGGUGGUCUGGGCACCUUAGGUGGUGGUCUGGGCACCUUAGGUGGUGGUCUGGGCACCAUAGGUGGUGGUCUGGGCACCAUAGGUGGUGGUCUGGGCACCUUAGGUGGUGGUCUGGGCACCUUAGCCUUUAACAGGCUGCGGGAAGCAGAAGAGGAAUUAAGACGUCCGGGCGUAUAA